AGGCUGGCGUUCAGCGCAGGAACAAAAGCGCAAGCUCCCUUCACACUCAGCACCUUGAGAUCUCAGCGCCCUCCGGUUUCCCCUCCGCAUACGGCCGUCAGAGCUAGAGUUUUCCUCUUGCCGUGACAAUCCCUCAUCUCACCACGAGCAAUGGAGUCUGAAACAAACCGGAGGUCCGCAGCUGCGGUGACGACGCAACCGUCGACCACGUACACAACAGGAGGAGGAGUAGGAGGAGGGCCGAACGGUUCGUCAUCAUCCGGCACGACCAAAUGGUGGGGCAGAGGAGAAGGUGGCGGCGGCGGCGACUCGACGCAUGCCACCACCAAGAGCAAGACCAGCAGCAGCAGUCACGGCGCCAGCGCCGGCAAGGCGAAGACGAGUGCGACAGGCGGCGCUGCGGCGUCAGCAUCGGCACCGGCGGCGGUGAUGUUCAGCGAGAUGGGGCAGGCGUCCAAGGACCUGUUCAGCAAGGGCUUCUCCACCGCGCAGGUGGUGGCGCUGUCCGCCGUGGCGCCCGGCAGCGUGGCACUGACGACCAUGGUGACCAAGGUGCAGCAGCUCGUCGUCGGGCUCGUCACGGCUACGGUGCCCCUGCCCGGGGAUACCGUCUGCCAGGUGUCCGCCAGCUCGCUGGGCCAGAUCCAGACGAGCUUCAAGGUGCCUGAGGUGGCGCGUGGGCUGGCAGCAACAGUAGCAGCAGAGUUCCCUCCGCGCGCAGCCGCCUCCACUAUCUCCCUGGGCCCUCCCGUCGCCACCAGUGCAGCGCCCAGCCUGCCGCACGGCGUGACGCUCACGCACCGGUCACAGUUCACGGCUGUGUCGGCGGGGACCACGUUCAGCACGCAGCCCGUGCUGACCAGCAGCCUGGCGCUGGGGGGCGUGGGGGGUGGCGUGUGCGUUGGAGGGGAGGUGGCUUACGACACGGCUUCGCAGAACGUGAUCAAGUAUAAUGCUGGCAUAGGCAUGGCCCAUGGGCGCAUGUCAGCAGCUGCAUACUUGGACAUGCAGGCACGGGACAUGGUGCACCUGCAGUAUGCGCAGGACGUGGACGAGCGGCUGGCCGUGGGGCUGUACCUGCAGCGCGCACUCAAGGACUCGAGCGCUGACAACGUGGCGUACGCGCUCAAGUACCAGGUGGAUGACAAGACACAGCUCAAGGGCAAGUUCAACAGCAAUGGGCUCUUCCACGGCUGGCUGCAGCACUCGCUAGGAGGUGGGGCGACACUCAACGUGACCGCAGAGGUGGACACCAGCAAGGCCUUCAAGAACGGCGGCCGAGGGGGGGGGCAGGAGGGAGGGGAGCAGAGGGGGGGGGACAAGGGCAUUGGCGCAACCAGGUUUGGUUUUAGCCUCUCCAUUGCCCAGUAGAGGAGGUGCUGCUGGCCACGGCAGGGCAGGAGCCAUUGCGGCAGCAUGGCUUGCUUCUUGCAUGUUCUUGGUGCUUGGUUGAGCCGUUUAGUAUGUGGGAAGGGCUUUAUGUUACAUUCCUGGCUUAGGGAUGUAAGCAUGUUGCAGGGAGUUGUCUCAUAGUGCGUGUUGUCCGCCUGUAAUUACACGUAUCUGUUCACUUUCAUUCACGGGGUACACAAAGUGCGUACAGUGUCCCCGCUCUCGGCAAUGAGGUGGUAAUAACGUAAAAGAACAACGUUGCCGGCUGAUGCUAGAUUUUCGUUGCUUUACUUAGCUGAAAGGGGGGGGAACCAGGGCCUCAGCUAGGAUUUUGGGCAUCCUGUCUAGUCAGGGCUAGGCCUUAAAAACACGUGUA